AUUGCACAAAGAAUUUAGUAAAUCACAGUUGCAGGCCUUUCUGUUUUCCAGGAGUUGAAAAAUGAGCUGGUCUGGAGGAGAUUGGAUGUGUGCAGCAUGCCAACACCAGAACUUUAAGAAGAGAGAGGCCUGCCAACGCUGCGGGUACCCGAAGUACGGCGGUCCCGAUGUGUCGACUUACUUGUACAGCCGGACCGAAGUUAUGGCCGGCGACUGGUAUUGUACUGCCCUGAGCUGUGGUGCUCACAACUAUGCUAGCCGAACAAACUGUUAUCGAUGCGGUACCGUUAAGAACGAUUACGGAGGUUAUGGUAUGAUGGGGUCCGAAAGCAGUGUUCCCCCAGGGUGGAAAACUGGUGAUUGGAUGUGUACUAGAUAUGGGUGUGGAGUUCACAACUAUGCAAGCAGGCUGGAGUGCUUCAAAUGCAAGACACCAAGGGACUUUGGGGAUGCCUAGGAAUUGAUGACAAGAACACUGUCUGCAAUGUCACUGAGUCAGUUUUUUCCCAUGCAACUGAGCACUAAUCAUUCAAAAGAAGGGUUUCUGGGUACAUGAAAGCUUUGUUUCAUAAAAAAAUUCAAUGGAAAAUACUAUGUUUUCA